CGAUGGGGGGGGUUACGAGCCCGCGGCUUCUCGCCGAAGACUAUGAUGCAAGGGGAACCCAACCCUAGUGCUUCCCUUAUUGACAGAACCAUCAAGAUGAGAAAAGAAACAGAAGCCAGGAAAGUGGUUUUAGCCUGGGGGCUCCUCAAUGUAUCAAUGGCUGGAAUGAUAUAUACGGAAAUGACUGGAAAAUUGAUAAGUUCAUAUUAUAAUGUGACAUACUGGCCCCUCUGGUAUAUUGAACUUGCCCUUGCAUCUCUCUUCAGCCUGAAUGCCUUAUUUGAUUUUUGGAGAUAUUUUAAAUAUACUGUGGCACCAACAAGUCUGGUUGUUAGCCCUGGACAGCAAACACUUUUAGGGUUGAAAACAGCUGUUGUGCAAACGACUCCUCCACAUGAUCUUGCAGCAACCCAAAUCCCUUCCUCUCCACCUUCCCCUUCAAUUCAGGGUCAGAGUGUGUUGAGUUAUAGCCCCUCUCGUUCACCCAGCACCAGCCCCAAGUUCACCACCAGCUGUAUGGCUGGAUAUAGCCCUCAACUGCAAGGUCUGUCAUCAGGUAGCAGUGGUUCGUACAGCCCUGGAGUGACCUACUCGCCUAUCAGUGGUUAUAAUAAGUUGGCAAGCUACAGUCCCUCAUCCUGUUCUUCUCCAUACCCUACCACUGUUGGACCAGUGGAGAGCAGUGGGUUGAGAUCUCGCUAUCGUUCUUCACCCAUCGUCUAUAACUCACCGACGGACAAAGAAGACUACAUGACAGACCUCCGAACUUUGGACACUUUUCUGAGAAGUGAAGAAGAGAAGCAACAUAGAGUUAAGCUGGGGAGCCCAGAUUCUACCUCUCCUUCUACCAGUCCUACUUUCUGGAACUACAGCCGUUCUGUGGGGGAUUACGCACAGACUUUAAAGAAGUUUCAGUAUCAGCUCGCCUGUAGGUCACAGGCCCCAUGUGCUAACAAAGAUGAAGCUGAUCUCAGUUCUAAACAAGCUGCAGAAGAGGUUUGGGCAAGAGUGACUAUGAAUAGACAACUUCUUGAUCAUAUGGAUUCAUGGACAGCUAAGUUUAGAAAUUGGAUCAAUGAGACCAUAUUAGUGCCACUUGUACAAGAGAUCGAGUCUGUCAACACACAGAUGAGACGGAUGGGUUGUCCAGAGCUGCAAAUAGGAGAGGCUAGUAUUACUAGCUUGAAGCAAGCUGCUCUGGUCAAAGCCCCUCUCAUUCCAACUCUGAAUACAAUCGUGCAAUAUCUAGAUCUUACACCCAAUCAGGAAUACUUGUUUGAAAGGAUCAAAGAACUCUCUCAGGGAGGCUGUAUGAGCUCGUUUCGAUGGAACAGAGGUGGAGAUUUCAAAGGACGCAAGUGGGAUACAGACUUGCCCACAGAUUCUGCUAUCAUCAUGCAUGUAUUUUGCACCUACCUUGAUUCCAGAUUACCGCCACAUCCUAAGUACCCUGAUGGAAAAACCUUUACUUCUCAGCACUUUGUUCAGACACCGAAUAAACCAGAUGUUACAAAUGAGAAUGUAUUUUGCAUUUACCAGAGUGCCAUCAACGCUCCCCAUUAUGAGCUAAUCUACCAGAGUCACGUCUACAGUCUUCCAAAGGGCAGAAAUAAUAUGUUUCAUACGUUGUUAAUGUUCCUCUACAUCAUAAAGACCAAAGAGUCAGGAAUGCUUGGGAGAGUUAAUCUUGGUCUAUCCGGUGUGAAUAUUUUGUGGAUUUUUGGCGAGUAGUGGGUCAUUUAGUUCCAGAUAUUGGGACUUUUAUUUGAACCAGAAAUUGCUGAUUUUAAGCGUCUCUUAGUCACUGCCUCUUCUGAAAUAUGAUGCAUAUGUGUAUAUGUUACAAACUCUUUAGAUUUAACAAAAAAUUAGCUGUUAUGAGACUUCCUUGUGGAAAUAUGUACUGUAUCUUCCUUACCAAGAGAUAGUACCUUCGAUUUUUUAUCGCAUUUCAGAUUUUUCAGCUGCCUAGGAAACCCCAGCCCUUCAGAUUUGUGUUGACCAACAGCAGUACAGUUCUUCCUUAAUUAAAUAAGAGUCCUUUUUUGUAACCCCUAAAUGACAUAUUCCAAUUUUUUUUUCAGCUUUCCAGUCAUGUUACUUAGUGUAAAUACUUAGAAAGAAACAAGCAAAUUGCUCAUUUAAUAUUUUUAUCUCUGUAUUUCCCCAGUCUUCUGAAAGUCAGCCCAAGGCUCGUAUGCAAAUAAAUGAGAUUAAUUUCUAAGUAAUAUAUUUUUAAAUGUUAAAAGAGGUUCAGCAAUAUUGGCAUUACUGGAUUAAAUUUAGCUGGUAGAAUUUAAUUGUUUGGGUGUUAGUUUAGGGUCUGAGGACAGCAAGAGAAAUGUUCACUGCUUUUGGUUUAAACAACUCAAAUUUCACUAUUCAGUAAUAUUGUGUUAUUUCAACAGUUGCCUUCUUUAGUAGGGGUGAUAGCCUAUCUGAAAUUUUUAGGUGUAUUCAGAACGUCCAGAGUGAGAAGUUACCAAGCUUGUAAGUUUUGCUUGACUCUCCAUCUUUAUUUUCUUGUAUGUAUAUGUAGUAUCUCUAAGACUAGCUAGCAAUUCUAUAUAUAUUUUUUUGAUUAACAUACUAUUAGAAACUGCUUCCAUCACCUUAUGUAAACCUAUAAACAGCUAAAACCCGUAUCUUCUGAAUAACUGUAUGUUAGUUUUAUAUUUAUCCCAUUUUGUAUAAUUUGUAUAUUCUGUUUUUCAAAAGUUGUUCGUGUUUUUUAUAAGUCAGAUGUCCAAAGAGAAGGAGGAUGUUAUGACUUCUAUCUUUUACGUGUUUUUGAUGCAUGUUAACUACAUUUGUUAUGUUUUAGAAGAAAGUAUAAUUAAACAUGUUAAAUACAAAAACAUGUUAAAAAUCUGAGUCUGUUAUUUCAAGAGUUAUUACGAAGUCAUGAAACAACAGUUGCUAUGCUGUUAAACUGUACUGUUGCACGUACCAUAUUAAAAGCAAGAAAGACCCAGGGUGGAAAUAGGGAGAGUGCUGACAUAUUGUGGGGAAUGAAACCAAGAUCAUGAAACACUUUAUGUACAAACUAUUGAA